AUGAGUAGGAACAUUAUUAGGAUUGUGUUUGUGAUUUUUGCUUGCUUAGCUGUUUCAAUCCAUUCGCAAAGCAAUGCAUCUUCACUUAUUAUCUCAAACGAGCUUGAAAAACCAAGAAAUUUAACUGCCGUAGAAGGAUGGCAGAAUUUCGAAAAAUCUGUUAAACACCUCGCCAAUACUGCUGUAAAGAUGCUGUUGCCAAAACUGAUGGAAAGUUCCACGCAGGUCAACGUAACUAAGCAAUGUAUGCGAGAAAGCAUGCAGCUACUGGCAGCUGUCAAGACCAUCAAACCAUGGGCAAUAAAAUUUCUCGAUUCAAGUGCAAAGAUUAUAGAUGGUAUUCUCGCAGGAUCCAUGUCUUCGCUGGGAGCUUAUGAUGCUUGCAUCAACAUCGAAGCAACAAGCAGCAAAUCACGUGACAAGGGAAAGGUUCUUUUCUAUGGAAAGUACUGCUCGAUUCACUUAACACCACCUUUGCCACCAAAACCGGAAUUUUACAAGCUGGAUGAAGUUUUGGAUGAGUUAAAAAACUUCUCUGAAGGUGGUACGGCUAUAAGCGAGGCUGCAAAAUAUGCACAUUUCUUUCAUUUCUUAAAUCUAAGACUGGGAGUUUGUGUUCCAUCUGGAUGCACUGUAGACGAUGUUGAUAAUUUGGCUAAAACGAUCGGGAAAGCAUUUUCCCUUAGUGCUUGGACGUCAAGAUGUGAAAUGAAGGAGGAGAAUGAAUUUCCCCCAGUAGUUGUUUUUGUCAUAUCUGUCUUUAGUUUCUUAGGGUUUCUGAUGCUCGUCGGAUCAUUAAUUGAUAUUUACUCCCACUACACGAAGACGACAUUUUCCAGAACGUGUGUAAAAGCUUUACUGGCAUUUUCUUUAUUUACGAACUUCAGGAAGUUUGUCGACACAAAAAGUUCUUCUGACCAUUUGACUUGCCUAAAUGGAGUUCGUUUCCUCUGCAUGUCGUGGGUUGUUUUGGGACAUACCUACCUUACCGUGAACUUUCAAAUGUUUCGCGGUUUGGAAAAAGUCCGCGCUUAUGCCAAAGAUUUUGCUUUUCAAGCUGUAAUCAAUGCUUCUGUAGCGGUAGAUACAUUUUUCUUCAUGGGGGGUUUGCUAGUGUGCUACCUCACUAUAAAAUUGGUGAAACAAGAAGGACAUCCGUUUAAUAUAAAACUGUACAUAUUUCACAGGAUUUGGAGAAUAAUUCCAGUGUACGCUUGUGUUAUAAUGUUUAUGUUCCUGGGAAACCUGCUCGGAUCUGGUCCACUUUGGCACGAUACGACGGACAAAUACAUCACUUAUUGCUACGAUAACUGGUGGUCAAACUUAGUCUUUAUUAACAACUUUUAUGACGCGGAGAGAAUGUGCAUACCGCAAAGUUGGUACAUUGCAUCAGAUUUUCAGCUCUAUAUAGCAGCUCUCAUCAUACUAAUUCCUCUUUUACGGUGGCCAAAAGUUGGAUUAUCGAUGUGCGUUCUAGGAAUAAUAGCUUCGGUUGUUUACUCGGGUGUUGGUACCUACGUAAACAACUAUCCACCAACAAUGUUGUUUGCUCAUCCAGAUCCAGACCAAAGAAAUAAAUACUGGGCCAAUUUCUACUUCAAGCCGUUUGUACACGCGGGACCUUAUUGCAUAGGACUGCUUACUGGAUAUUUGCUUGCUACCAAACCUAAGAUGAAAAUUCCUGCUGCUGUUCAAGUAGUGGGUUGGUGUUUAGCUUUCGUUUUCUGCUUCUCUGUCCUCUAUGGCGUAGUAGAAUGGAACAGAGGAGUUGAACCCUCUUUUUGGGAAGGAAUGCUGUACGCAAGUUUGAACAGAGUAGCAUGGACCCUUGGUGUUGCUUGGAUGGUCUUGUGUUGUUCAACUGGACAUGGAGGAGUCAUUAACUACAUACUUACUUGGAAAGCGUUUGUUCCAUUGGGUAGAUUGACAUUUGUAGUGUACCUGAUCCAUCCAAUAGUGCAAAUAUCAGCUGUAGGAAACAUACGCACGCUGCUGCAACCAGAUCAUUUCUUAGCAGUCUGGGUUUAUUUUGGGCAUCUCUUCGUUACUUAUGGAGCAGCAUUUGCGGGAAGUAUGUUGGUAGAAGCUCCAACUCUUGCUUUGGAGAAAAUCCUGAUUCCUAGAAAUGAGAAGAAAUCCAAAGAUUCCACUCUGGUUCAAGAUAACAGUGUUUUGAAAGGAACGUUAACUACAGAAAAAGAUGGAAGUAUUGCAGUUAUUUUGCCUGCAGUUAGUGAAGAAUCUCUAGGAGUGGACAACAAGGCAGUUGUAUAUAGAUUGUAAACUAGUUUUUUAAUGUGAUAUUUGUACAUAGAACAGUUAAUCUUUCGAUCAGCAGCUGCAAAAGCAAGGAAAACUGCAAUUCUAAAACAAAAUUUUUACCACAAAGUAAAGAGUUGUUUAUCUCAUUAGG